AUGGCUACUACUGCUCUUGUUUCUUAUUCAGUCUCAACAAAUACCACUCGAUCACCAAGAACACCUCGUAAUAAACGUCGAAACUGGCGUCGUAUCAUUGCACGAUCAAAAAAUUUAUCUCCUCCAAUAUUACAACCACAACAAUUUUCUCCACUUUGCAGACAACCUUAUGAAUAUUUGGUACCAGUUUAUGAACCUAUUUCAUUUUUACGAGCAAAUCACUGUGCAUCCUUUCAAUACCAAACUCCUCAACAACAACAACAACAACAGAUACUAACAUCAUCCGCGUCAUUAAUAUUACCUGACGUUAUCACUGACUGUAAUCUUUCAUCAGUACGUCGUACACUUCAGUUUGAUAAUACGCCGUCUGAAUUUACAUCGUCAUGCAAACAAAUAGCGCAUGCACUCCGUUUAGUUGCCGAUCAAGUUGAUCGAAAAUAUUGUCAAGAAGAAAUAUUUAAUAAUGGAUUAACAAAAAUGUCUAUACGAAUUGUUAUACGUUUACCACACAUUCGAACAUACAUUAACGCGUUAUGGUCAAGGUUCUAUUUACAAUCAUUUAUAAAUUUAUUAUUCGGUUCAAAAUCGUUUUAA